UCCAGAUAAUGGUAUGAUCUGAGGACAGAUGUCCCACCAGAGAACGGAACGCCGCCCCCCCCCACAAUGCCCAUCACACAUCUGACUUGAGAAAGACUCAGCAUGCUGUGAAGUCCUCAGGAUUGCUGGACCGACGCGUUUUAAAAGGUAUUGUUCUAACACUGUAAAGAAGACCUUCCAACAGCCAUGAUGGAUAAAGAGGAUAUGCAUAAAGAGGAGAUCAGUGACACUGACAGUGGGAUCAUACUCAACUCAGGUCCUGACAGCCCCACGUCGCCGGUCAAGGACUUGACCACUCACACCCGGGCCAUGAGGCUGAAGCAUCAGGUUCUGGAGGAGAAACUGGAACAGUGUCUACUGGAAAUAAAAAAACUCUGCAUCAGAGAGGCUGAGCUGACAGGAAAACUGCCGUCAGACUACCCUUUACUGCCUGAUGAGAAGCCCCCUCGCGUUCGCAGGAGAAUAGGAGCGUCCUUCAAACUGGACGACAGACUCAUACACCAGGAUGGAGAGGAUUCAGAACUCCACUCCCUAGAAGCUGACCUGGCCUUGCAGCUCCAGAUCGUUGAGGCGGCUCGUAGACUCUCAGUGGAGGAUCACCUGUCCAAACCACAGAAGAAGAGCAGGCUGCAGCAGUGCAAGAGGGAGGAGAAGAAAGUCAAGGAUCUACAGGAAGCUGUGUUUCAGCACAGGAUCAGGAAGGAGUGCUCCUCUCCACCAAUUAACAAGAAGAAUAACUCAGCCAAACACAGAGAUCUGUGCAUGUCUGAUGACAGCUCCCUGUCUGAUGCAGUGGCCUUGGACGAUGACGUCGACUCUGGCCCUCUCUCUCCCUCAGCGUCUGUAGACCCACUCCUGCAAUCCUCUGUGGGCUCCCUGUCCCUCCAGUCCUCCUCCUCCCAGGGCAGUCUCCAACACUCCUCCGGCCAGAGCCUCGUCUCCAGCUGCAGUGUGGAGCAGACCCAGACCCAGAGCUUCAGUAUGGGCUCCAGCUGCAGUGUGGAGCAGACCCAGACCCAGAGCUUCAGUAUGGGCUCCAACUGCAGUGUGGAGUACCCUGAACGCUCCCCCAUCCAGAACUCCCCCUGGAGAGAGUCUAGCCUGGAUCAGCCCUACCUAAGACCUAACAAACCCCUCUCUGCCUGCAGCAGCAGGUCCAGCAGUCCAGUAGGGACCCCAGUGUUUCCUGCAGACAGUAGAGUCCUGCCCUCCCACUUCCCCUCCAUCAAGAACCUGGCUCUGAGACAUGGACAAACCCACUCCUCCAGUGCCCCCUCUACUCCAGAGCUGCACGUACGCAGACAGUACUCACAGUCCUUCAGACUUCCCAAAAGUAAGCCCGCUCAUGACCUGGGUGAAGGACGUGGGCGUGCCAGGUUGCCACGCAGACGGCCGGAGUUCCUGGUUCGGUCUCCACAGUACUCUCCCCAGCGCUUGUACCAGUCCAGCUCUGAGGACAGCAGCUCUGAACACUCUGUCCCCUCCUACACCAGCUCCCCCAGCCGGGACAAUCACAUAGACAGGGAAGGCCCCGCACCCACCGAGAUCCCCAAGCUCUGCCCUCCUCCCUACGGCUUCCACUACGGAGCUAAAAGUCCCACCAGCCCUGCGUUCAAUGGCUCCAACAGCCCCAGCUUUUACAAGAACAACAACCAGCACCAGUCCUCUCCCAGCUUGAGAAGGAGAAUGGUGGAGGAAGGCCACUGUUCCCCUCUUUCCCCGCAGGACCUGCACAGUCCCCCGGGGAGGGAUCUCUACCUUUCCCCCUCCAAGGCCCCCCAGCCCCAGCACAGGCACUGGCAGCAGGAGGGACAGGGGCCCCCACCGUUAUCCCCCAGGAGAGUUCUGAAGCUCCCAAUCCCCUACACCCACCUCGUACGUACCCCGUCACUGAGGGAGUACCCCGAACACCUCGCCCGGGUGCUGCCCAGAGAGAUUGUGUCAGAGGAGCUCAAUUCCUGGCACCAGCGGAACCAGUUCCAAAAUCAGUCCCAGAAGUCACGCCCGGGUUCCCUGGAGCGCCAGGGGUCGUUCAGAGUAAAGAGCCCCACGUCCCCUCACCUCCCGCCCUACAUGCAGGGUCCCCACCAAAAGGUGAUCCUCCAGAGGGCUGCAGAUGGAACUCCAGUGCAGUGGUUUGUUGAAGAGGACUCAGAGAUUGUUAGCCAGGUGUAACCACAGCCAUAUAUACUGUAUACGGUACAUAAUUAUAUGUGUAUAUCUAUACAGUAUAUGACUCUGUCUGUAACCAGGGGGAGUCGCCCUACUGCAGUAUGCUAUGCUACACAUGAGGAGCGAAGGACCCUCUCUAAACUAUUGAGUAUGUCUGUAUUUAUUGAAUCUAUGGACUCUGUGAGAUUAUACUGUAUGUCCCUGGUGAGGGACAACUGUCCUUGACAAAAUGCAGAAGACGACCUUGGUUCCAUGGGUAGUUGGGUACCAUGAUAAGCACCUAGCUCUACCACUGGUGACGUAUGUAUUUUAUCUUUAUGUAAAGCAAGUUUGUAAUUUCUAUGUAAGGCUCUUUGCCAGUUUAUUUAUUUUAUUUUGAAAAGAAAGUUGAUAUUGUGAGUCAAUUUGAUUAUUUUCUACAGGUUAAAUAUGCUAUGUUUUUGUAACAAGUUUCAUACAUUUUUAACUGGCUAUAACAUUUCAAGAUUACUGCUUACUGUAGACUCUCUUUGUGUGUGGUACACAUAUUUGCACAACAAGGUUCACCUAGGUUCCAAAUGAAGUUACGGCCUUCCUAAUAUAAUCAUUUAUUUCUUUAAUAAAAUGUCUAGACUGUAUCUGUUUUAUUUCUCUAUCUAUUAACUUAAGAGGUUUCCUCAAGCAGUAUAGGCACAAUAAACAGGUAACUCCCCAAAAUAAAGGAAACACCAACAUAGUGUCUUAAUAGGACGUUGGGGCACCACGAGCCGCUAGAACAGCUUCAAUGCGUUUUGGCAUAGAUUUUUUGGGGGGCAGUUACCUGUAACUCUCACUAGAAUUUUAUUAUAUCAUUUUUCAUAUUAUUUUUCAAAAUAGUGUUAGAAAAUGCUAGAAAGUUGCUGUUUCUCCUUAAGCUGUAGUACACUAACAAUAACACGAAAUAAGCUGAAUGUUAACCUGUUAAACUAUUCAUUUAUAUUAAUCUAAGAUGCCUUUGUUUCUAACUGGUUGGUUUGAAGCAUGAUUGUGUUGGAUGUUUUCACUGCAUUGCGGUUUUGUUGUGGUACUAACCAGUUGAUUAUAUCAGUUUUGAUAUUGUUUGUAUAUUUAUAAUAAAAAGGCUUUAUAUUA